AGAUCGAUUUAUGUUUUAAUAGGGGAUUUCUGGUUGUAAUUCUUGGAUCUUUCAACCUCGCCAGAUUCUCAGUUAAUUCUGUUAUUGGAAAUGUUUUUAAUUUUUAUUUUUAUCACAUCUUUCUUUCUGCUCUAGUAAUUGUCAACACGUUCGUUUAACAAAAUGAAACACUUUUUGUUGUUGAUUGUCUUAAGUACUGAAUUUUCCUCUACCUUUGCAGCAUCCAAGGAUACACCUGGUGAAAGUGUGACACUUGUCCAACCAACAAAAUCUGCUAUAGAAGUGUUAGAAAGGAAUGAAGCAGCCGAUCCUGUUAUUCACGCAGAAUUUCUUGACUUUCAAAAACCUGAAGGACUACAGAAACAGGGCAAAUUAGUUUUGGAACCUUUUCAAAAGAGAGCUACCACUACAUUAUUUCAGCGACCAACAACAGUAAAACAAACUCAAGUGAGAACACAGACACAAAAACAACAAUUACAAGCCCAGGCAGCACCAACCCCUACUAAAACUCAGGCACAAACAACCCAACCACAACGAACUCAACCACAGCAGACCCAACCACAGAGAACUACACCACAGCAGACUACACAACAACAAACCCAACCGCAACGAACUACACCACAGCAGACUCAAACCAAUAAACCACAACAAACUCAGACAAACACGCAACCCAACCAAAACAAACCCCAGGAUAAUAAGCCCGAAGACAACAAGCCAACAGAAAACAAACCUGAAGACAAGAAACCUGACGAGGAAAAACCUGAAGAUAAGAAGCCAGAAGAAGAAAAGCCCGAAGAUAAGAAGCCAGAAGAUGACAAAUCUGAUGAUAAGUCAGAGGAAAAGAAACCUGAAGAUCAAGAUGGAGAUAGCAAAGAUGACAAGCCAGAAGCUCCCAAGGUCAAACCCGACGAAAAGAAGCCAGAUGAUAAAGACGACAAAGAAAAAGACGACAAACCCGCGGUCAAACCAAAUAAGCCAGAUAAUGAUGAAAAUGAGGCGGAUACCACUAAACCAAAAUUGCCCGAUAAACUGUUGCCACCAAUUUCCGACCUACCACCUAUUCAGGAUAGACCAAAAACCUAUAGCUAUGACGUUCAAAUCCCUGUUGCUAGUAAAUCCAAUCCUUACAUAUACCAAUCCAAUUUACCUACCAACAUUGUAUUUAUUAUUGUUGGGGCAGUUUUAGGAUUUAUUUUUGUUCUGUUUGCUGGUAUUGGUUUAAUCAUUUCUCUUGCUUCUAGAAGAGUAGCCAAGAGAGAAAAGGGAUUUUUCCAAAAUGAUUCCAACCCCAGUUUUCCCGAUUCCUUUUACUACGGCGCUCCUCGAUUCACACCUUCGUACGGAUCAAGUGAUACUAGAGUCAAUACCGAUGAAUCUUCCUUCAGCCAAGGCAGGAGUUACAGGGACACUCUAUUUGGCCAUGGUGCAGGAGGCGGUGCUGUUGCUGCACAUACUCCUAGUAUUUGCGUUAGCGGUGUAAGUAGUGGUGCUGUAGCUUCUUCAGAAAAGAAACCUGGUGACAAUCGUCGCACCAUGUUUGUUAGUCCAACUUUGGAAUUGGCGAACAACAAGAGGAAGAUCCCCCUGUACUACAAAACUAGCAUGGAAAGGCUACCAGAUAAUUCAUCAACAGCGUCUUUGUCUUUAAAACCUUAUAACAGUUCACAAUUCAAUCAGUCAGCAACAUUCGGAAGAAGUUCUUAUGCUCCUGAUCUGUAUUACGGAUCUGAAAACCAAAUGAUGAUGAGCGAAACUUUUGAACAGCCAUACUAUGAUUACGAACGCUAUGGUACCGAUAGAUUCUAUGACGGUUAUGAUGACUCAACUGGUAGGGGUCAGAGACCUCCAAGCCAGUAUCUCAACAACCUAUUGAAGAAGUAAAUCUUGUUCUGACUACAAGUAUGAUUUAUAUAGAACAUGAUUCUAGUUAUUUAAAUAAAUAUGUUGCAAUAAUUAC